GAAAGUGUUAACAAAAAAAAAGUUCAUACAAAAAAAAAUCAACAAAUAUGGAGUCACCGAUUGAUAACAAUCAAAACGACAAUACCAAAGUCGAAGUAAUUGUUUUAUCAACAAAACCCGUAAACACUUUGAAGAACAACAUUGAUGCCAAAGAUGAAUCAACACGCAAGCGCACAUCACUCAUAAUCGUUCCACAUCGUAACUCAACCAUGAUGAUGAGCACCGGCGAGGAAGAGGAGGAGAACAGCAAUUUAGAUCAGUUAAACGAUAACCAUAACGAUAACGAUGAUGAUACCGAUACUGAUGAUCUUAAAAAGCAGAAGAACCAGGAAAUUUCCGAUUUAACACCCGAACAACAAUCGGCGAUGAUUUCUUCGGUCGAAGACAAUCUUUCCGACGAUGACCUCAAAAAUAAAAACAAAAUCAGCAAUAGUAAUCGGAAUUCAAUAGCUAGCGUUGACAGUUGUGUAUCAACUUCACCAUCUUCUUCGGCAACAACAACUACAACAUCAUCGACGUCAGGCGAUGAUGUUGCAAUUAUUGCCGAUUAUCGAGAUUUGGAGGAGAAUGGCAAUAUGAUCGACGAUGAUUUGGGUGUGGAAGAAGAGGAGGACGAUAGUGUGGAAGUUCGUCGAAUGUCAAAUUCAUCAUCGGGAGUCGACGAUUAUUCGCUACGUGAGAAAUUGCAAAAUUUCGUUAAUGAAUCGUCGUCAUUAGUUGAUGAUUGUUGUAGCCGUAGAGGAGGAGGAGGAGGAGGAAAUAACGACAACAACGAUAAUGGUGGAAAGCAUUUUCAAGAGGUAACGGAUGAAAAGAAACAACAAAGCAUAAUGGGAUGUGAUGCUUUAUUGAGUCCCCAGGAGGUACCAAUGGGAAGACGAUAUGCUGAAGUGGCUCAGUUCAAGCACCCCAAAUGGUCCUCCGAAACAAAUCAAACAUCCCAUCAUCAGAAUCAAAUUAAAUCAAGCCAUCGACGUAUACCAUUUUGUGGAUUAGAUUCCGUUAAAGGAAAUGACAAUAAUGGUUUACUGAAUGGCACCGGUAACAAUCUGAUAAUCAACAACAACAAUAAUAAUAAUAUCAACAACAUCCAUAACAACAACAACAACAAUAAUAAUGGUGGCGGUGUUGGAAUUGGAAAUGGUGCUGGUGCUGGCAACAAUAUUAAUACAAAUGGUGGCAGUGGCAAUACGAAUAAUAGUACUUUUGGAAAUGGUGGCAGCAUUACCAAUCCACCGCUAUCCGGCUACAAUAUGAGCUCUAGCGAGCAAUUCCAUUCACUCGAAGGUAAUGAUAGCAGUUACUGUGGUGAUGGCCAAUUCGAGGAUGACUUACAGGCGCUCCUGCCGAAUUGUCGGCAGCUUUCAAGGGAUGAAAUCAGUCAGUCACGUGCAUCCCUUGUGUCGAGCUCUGAUGGUGGUGUCUUGGCCGAAGGUGAGACAUCUAGUGAAGCAUCAGAAAAUUCUGAUGGUCCUCCGUGUGAUUUGGGAUUAGUGGAGCGAUUGUUGCGUACUCAUCCUGUUUGGUUCUUGCCAGGAAUACAGCGUUCUGGAGCAGUGCACUUUUUGCAGGGCAAAGAGGAAGGGAACUUCAUCGUUCGCAGUUCCAGUCAACCGAGCACGAUGGCCGUAUCGGUGCGGCUUCCUCCCGAUACAGGACCAUACAUUGAACACUACCUGAUUCAAUCGAAUGGCGGCGUGCUUAGUUUGGAAAGCUCACGCUUCAAAUUCGAUUCUAUUCCUGCAUUGAUUGCUCACUACGCCCAAUGUUGCGAUGAACUGCCAGUUCAACUUAUCUUGCCGCGAGCUCUUCGAGAGGCUAACAAUCGCCAACAGUUGUCGUCGCUAGCUCUGUUGGGUCAAGAGUUCUGGAGGUAUCCCAUGUCAAGCUCCAAUCCCAAUGAAGCCAAGUCGCCGAACUCACUCACGGACACUUCUGGCAUAGGGAUGACAGUGUUUAGCUCAGCGUCCAAUACACAUAAUCAGCAACUGAGUACAGCAAAGCUUUUCAGUCCAACAAAUCAAUUGGCUGGAUUGUUUAGUCCAUUGGGCACUCCAUCUGAUACCGCCUCAAGCAUGAGCAGCUUUACAACAAGUGGAGGUCAGAAUAUGCAGCUGAUGAGUCCUGAAUCUGUGGACAGUGUUAUUCUGACGAUGUCGCCAGUUGAUGCUGGUAACAAUCGUGCUUUGGGAGUAGGCGGAGUUUGUGGUGAUACGAAAUUGUCGACUUUCAAAUCAACGUCACAACAAAAACUAUCGAGCAUGGACAAUGGAAUCAGGCCACAGCGUCCAACACCACCAAACACGCUAAACUUGGCACCGCGUAAGCCCCCAGCCCCUCCUGUACGAUGGUCAAAGCCACUCACUCCCAAUAGCCCAGUUCCUCCAAUUGAUCAUUUUGCAGUCACAACACCAACCACCUACUGCGUGGACAUCAAGAAUCAGCAACAAUUCGUUGAGCUCAUAUCACCCCCUAGCCAAAACAAUGCAACUUUUCAAACCUUCUCCAAGCGUCUGUCACCUGAGGGCGAAUGUAAGGACACACUUUCUUCUCAGGGCUCAUCGAAUAACCGCUGGAACUCACAAAGUAGCAAGGACUCAAACCAGAGCCAGAAGAAAAUUCUCUCGCCCAGUUCGACGACAGGAAGCAGCAGCAAUGGAAAGCAGAGAAAACUCAAGCAACGCAAGGAAUCCAAGCAUUACCAGGAAUGCGAUAUUUUAGAAAGUCAGCAAAUCUAUUGUCGCAGUGCGUUGGGUGAUAAAAUCAGUGAUUAUGAGGACCUGUGGUCACAGGAUCCAAGUGAAAGGGCUGGAUUAUUGUCAACUUUCCGCCCGCCGGAUGGAACGCAUGGCAAGAGGCCAGAUUUAUUAGCUGAAACUCCUACAAUUACAUCCCUGAAUUGCAACAUUCUCUCGCCUGCGAACUCAGUAAGCUCUUCAGCUAGCCCGCCCUCAGAACCCCUACAGACUCCCACUGCUUGCCCAACGACGACGAUAACAACCACAGUCUCGGAAACGACAACUGAUUUGCUUAGUCCGCUCGAUGCCAAUAAGAAUUUUAUCCAGGUUCAAGCUGAAACUCAUUCACGAAGUAGAUCUGGUCUAGCACUUCCACUGACCAAUGAAGAUGCUCUUAAAGCAUCCGAAUCGGAUACAACACCAACAGCUCAAACGCCUGUUAGCUCCCGCAGCAAACAAGGCAGUCCGUUCUACGCUGAGCCCGCAGAUGCGUUGCGAGCAGCUGGAUUGACAGCCAGCAUCCUUCGUCGUUCACAGCGUGGUGCUCUUUUGCCUGCGAAUCAUCGGCACUCUGAGCCUCCGAAAGGUGGAAUCGCUCGAACACCAGUCUGUCCCGUGCUAGUGCCCUCUGAAAUCGAAAAAAUUGCAGGAAGCCUCGAUGAGCUAAAGAAAAAGCAACAACAGCACCCGUCAAAGCGACCACGUGGACGAAACGAUCACUGGCAAAUCGACAGCAGCUGGGAGUUCAUGGGAAAGAACGAUGAAAAUGAACCCGAAUACGGGGAUUACGACUCUGAGGAGCAAUGGAGUGGAGUUCCAGUACAGAAAAACCCUAGUCAGUUAAACGGUGAGAACAAAGAGAACAAGGACCGACCCAUCACAGUUCAUCAGAUCAUUGCUAAACGUUUGCCAGAUUUAAAUCUUCCCGAAUUGGUUCGAUGUUCGACGCCACAACAACAGCAAAUUAAAGAAAACAAGAUUGACAAUCAAAAUGGCGGUUUCCGACUUUCGUCGUAUGAUAAUGUAGAAAAGAGUUUUCCAUUUUCAUACUUCAAUGGAAUGGAUUCUGGACAGUCAGAUGAUGGGACAGUGUUUUCAGAACCAUGGGAUAGCACUCAAUGGGAUUCGUUUCUUCCGCCAGAUGAAUCAAUCACCUCGGAAUCAAUUCAUCUAUCUAAGUGUCGACCAACGCUUAUGUCUGAAGAUGAAUCUACAAUUGUUGAGGAUAUUAGCACCAAAGAUAGUCAAGGCACAUUAAAAGCACAUAGGCCAAGGUAUCAAGCAACUAAUCAAAAAGUUGCCACCAUAUUACGGAAUCCCAGUAUGAGGGACAGGGAGAUUUUGUCCUUCCCAUAAGGAACUUGUUCAAGAAAGUAGGAUUUCACUUUCUUCCUAAGUGAAUGAUGUUGCGUUCGACUUUCAAAUCCGAAAAUUUAGGAUUGUCAAAUUUAUAAAGAAAUAUGCCAAAAAUCAGAACUACGAGAUUUGACGCAAUGUCUGGACUAUAUAUUGAUUUCGAAAUUAAAUAAAAAAACAAAAUAAAAUAAAUUCAAAAAUAGAACAAUAAUGUUUUUAUUAGCUUUACAACAAAAGCAGAAUUUUGUUUUGUUAUUGUUUCGCAAAUAAAUUAAUGAUCUGAUCCGGAUCAGGAGGAAAAUAAAACACAGCUAUUAGUUGUGUUUUUCUUCCUCGUGAUCCAGAUUAGAUAAUUGUAUUUAUUUGCAAAACAAUAACAAAAAAAAUCCUGCUGUUGUUGUAAAACUAAUAAAAACAAUUAUCUGAUCUGGAUCAAGAGGAAAAUAAAACACAGCUUUUAUUGGGAUUUUCAUUUGUAUGUCUUUUGAUUCCAGAAACCUAGUUGUUAUAAUAAGAUCAAACAACUUAUAAAAUUUUGCGACCUGAUAGAUUUUUUGGGUUGCACCAAUGUCUUUCACUUGUUUUUUUAACUAAAAUGCUGAUUAUGAACCAUCCCUAAAUUUUAUCAGCUGAUUUUUUAACUGAACGAAAAGUUUCACUCGUGUAAAAGACGACAAUAUGAGAGAUGUUAUACUCGAACCCUUAUUUUAUUUUUGUAUUGUGUACCUAUACUUUUUAUUCGUGUUUUGCCAAAGUACAAAAGUAAGCAAUUAAGCUUCAUGACGGGGUGGUAUCAUAAGUUUUUCGGCUCUAAAUGAGUACCAAAAACCAAAUAGUCCUAAAAGUUCGUCCACUCACUGUUUCGAAACUCUGAAUCAUCAGAUAAGGAUGACCAAUCUAAAAUUCUGUAAUAUUUUUUUUUUUUUGAAAUGGAAAUAAUUUUUAAAAAAUGCAUUUUACCGUUCAUAUUUGUUUUUAUUUAUUUUCAAUCUCCAAUUAUGUUUCUAUUUCAUGUCGAAUCAUUUUUUUAAUUGUCACUUUCCAAUGUCCCGUCAAAAGUCGUAUUUUUAUAGUUAUUUUCGUUUAGAGUCGCUUUUAAAAUUUAUCUGGAGGAAAAUCGCAUUUUAGUUUAUUGACUUGUUUAUUGGCAUUUUAAAACCUUAAUUGGUUGGUGCAACCGAUAAAUGCAAUUUUAAAAUUUAACCAAUCAAUAAAUAUUUAAAAGCGUUUGGUCCAACUGGCCAUUAGAAUAUUUAAAAUCACAGUACAGUACCUUGCCAUAUUAUUAGGCCCAAGCGCAAAAAAAAAAUACAAUUUUUUGCUUCAUGUUGCUGAAUUUUUAAAGUUUUUUUCGAAAUAUCUUAAAUUUUGUUUUGUCUCAUUUACUAACACUUAUCAUGUAGAUACGGAUUGACUUAAAAAAAGUUAAAUAAUUCAAAAAUUUUGAUAAAAAGUAAAAUGCAAAAAGGAAUAAGCUCCAAAAGAAGUUUUUUUUUGGAAUGCAUGACCGGAAUAUUUCCAGACGGGUCCAAUACUUAAAUUUUUGUAUCGAGGGAUAACGUGACAUUCUUAGCUUUAUGACAAAAGCCCCAUCUUGCAUAAAUUGUGAAGCUCUGAUCGUCUGGUUAUUACGUAAGGUUCUUAGAUUUUUGGCAGUUUUUUUCUUUCGUAGAAGACCAGACGAGCAAAGCUUCACAGUAUGUUAGUCGAACUUUUUUUAAGUCAAUCCGUAUCUACAUGAUAAGUAUAAGUAAAUGAGACAAAAAAAAAUAAAAAUUAAAGAGUGUUUUGUUUUAUUUUUUAUGAUUUGAAGAACUAAAUCAAAGUUGACUGGAAUGUGACAAAGAACGGAUCUUUGAACAUUUAGUUCUGAAAUUAUCGAACAUUUGAAACAAUAGCAAGAAAAGGUGAGUAGCUAUGCAUCCGAUCUAGCUUUCGGAAGGAAAUGGGCCUACGCUACUGAUAGUUCUAUGAUUAGCUAUGACCUUGGCUCUUUUAAGAAAAACUCGGGUUUAUCUUUUCAUAGAUAGUUUAGACCCACUUCUAAACCAAUUUUCUAUGGAAAAGAGAUGCUUCUAACCUGUUUUAUAACUUUAGACUCCAUUCUAAGUUAGACCUGGUUUUAGGAAUGACAGGAAUCAGCAUUUUUUUCAGAUGUUGCAUUCUGGGUUCAAAUCAUGAAAAAUUGUUUUAAGUAUAUCUGGCACUUCCGGUAAUUUAAUGAAUUGGGGGUUAUAUAUUCAAUAUUUACAUAUAGAAGUGACACCGCAGAUUACUUAUUCCUUCAAAUAAUAAACGUUUAAUAAAAAAUAGACAACUCUUAUUUUCUAAAUACUAAAGAAAUUGCAUCAUUAGUUCAAAGCCGACCAAAGUUCAUUUGAUAUAGAAAGAAUAACAAACAAUUCAAGACGUUUCCUAUAAAAUCUACUUGAACUCAAUUUCGUAGAAUUAACUUCAAGAGCGGACCAAAUUAUUUAGAGCCUAAACUAGGUUUGAGGUUUUGGGGGAUUCACAUUUUUACAUAAGGAUAUAUUAUUCUAAAUCCAUUAUUUACCAUAAACCAUUCCUGUCAAUGUGCUGAAUACCAGAAUACAUCCCUGGAAAUGGCUUAAUAGCGACCUCUUAUGUUGGAGGGGAAUUCUCCUCCUGAAAAGGAAACUACUAGAAAUGGAGGGGAAUUCUGCUGCUGGAAAGGCAACUGCUAGAAAGCAAAGACAAGAACCUUUUUGAACAAUCUUAAUGAAGUGUGUAAAAGGGUGUACCGUUCUUUGUAAUGAAAUAAAAGCAUAGUGUUAAUUUUAUGAGUUCUCAUUUUGAAUGAGCACGGUUUUUUUAACUACAAGAAAAUCAGAGGCCUUGUUAAUGAAGACUCUUAAUUCUCAUAAAAAAACGAUACUGAGAAAUUUAAAUUUUGGAUUUCUAAGCUGCCCCCUAGAAUAGAAAAGUAAAUCAACAAUAAAAGAAAUUCCCAGCAAAUGAUAUCUGUGAUAGACUGGGCGACAAACAAACAAAAAAUAGAAAUAAAAGUUACGCUGAAACUGAUUAGAAUGAAAACACUGUACUUUACGUUUUAAAAUUGUAGUUAAACAAAAUAUUCCCAAUGCACUUGUAUACUUACAUAGACACAAUGCAUAAAUAUUGGUUUUUGAAAUGAUUCAAAAAAUUAAUCAAAUGCGUAUAUUUUCUAAUCACCCAGCAGUCUGGACAUGGAUUGAAUUUGAUAAUAUUCCUUACACAGUUAUGUCAAUAUUUAACUAUCACAUGAGAAGUGUGUUACUGUUGAUUAAUAUUGAAUGACGUUCCAGCUUUGAAGAUUGAUAAAAGGGCUAUUAAUACUUUUCGGGUGAGGACCAGUAUGAGCAGGAUUUACUAUCUGUUACUGGUUUAAUAAGGUCUUAUGUUGGCUUAUGAUUAGAAGAGAUUCUUCUUCAAUGAAUUUUAAAAUAGUUUGGAUUGAGUUAUUUUGUAGGGAUGAAAUUGUAGUUCAUAGUCUCAUAGAACCCCUGACAAUCUCUAACAUAUUUUUGCCCUGAUACUUCAGCUUCAUGAUUACUUAUGGAGAAUGUGCAAUUUCAAAUCAGACAAACUAUCUAACAAUACUAUGUUAAAGUUUUUUUUUAUGAAAUCUGAUUGUCUGAAAACGAUUGAACAACUUUGACGGCUGGAAUGCUCUGAACUCUUUUCCGCUUUUUGAUAACUUGGCAUGGACGGCCAGAAAGCUUUAGUUUCUGUUCUUGUUUUUUUCUUUUAAAUAAAAGCAACUCCAUCAGUUGGCAGGAUUAAUUUCAAAUCAAUUUCCUCUGUCUCACUCUGUGCCUAAAAUCUUUACUUAUUUAGAUUGAAAAAUAUGUUUGCACCAGUCCACCUUUUCAAAAAUCUUUCUUAUCUAUAUUCAAGUCAAAUUAUUACUUAUUAGAUAUAAUUUCAAACUAUGUUUCAACUCUUUCAAGGCUAUUUCUUCAUUUUUGCUAUUUACUGUUAAGAGCUAAUUUUUUGUUAGAAAGUAAUGUCUAGAAGGAUUUAAAGAUUUUUAAAAGUUUUCAGAAUUUUUUUUUAAGCGUGGUAGUUUGUAGAGGUAGUCUUUUGACUUUAAAGUGGAAUAGGUACCCAUUUUAAUGAGGGAGUUGGUAGGUUUCCUCCGGGCAAAGAAAAAAUACUGCCAUUUGGAUACUUUUGUCAAUUUUAAUCUCUUUUUUAGAAUACUUGAAAUUAUGACCUCAAAAAAGGGAAUUGAGCAGCCCUGUUUGUCGAAAGUCUCUAGUAAGUUAUUAUAUUGAUAAGCUGGUAUGGACCAGAGCCAAAAGAGAGUAAGGGCCCUUCUUAUUCACCUAUAACCUAUGUCAGAAGAUAAUAGAAGAUAGAAGUUGUUAAGUUACCAAAAAAAAACGCAUAUGUGUCAAAAUAAUACCCUAUGAUUUUUUUAAAUUUUAAAAAUUGCUAAUU